AUGGGAUAUCUAGCUACAAGUCAAAACACUAGGCCUGCAAGUGCUCUUCCAAGUGAUACAGAGAAAAAUCUGCAAGUCAGUGCAAUUACCCUUAGAACUGGAAGGGAAUUAGAAGAAGUUCCAAAGAAGAGAAAAGACAAGCCUAUACCUGAGGGUGAAUUGAUUCCCAAAGCAACACAGGAAGCAAAGAAAGAUGAUAUAAUUUCAGCGCCUAUUCAAUUGAAUAUUCUGUUGGUAGAUGCGAUUCGUGAUAUUCCAAAGUAUGCCAAUUUUACUAUCCCUGUAAGAAUUGGUAAUGUUGAUGUAGGCCAUGUACUUUGUGAUUUGGGAGCGAGCAUAAAUUUGAUUCCAUUGUCUUUGUACAAAAAAUUGGGUUUGGGAGCUCCGAAAUCCACCACUAUGAUGUUACAACUAGCAGACAGGUCCAUUGCUUACCUGGAAGUGGUGAUUGAAGAUAUGCUGCUGAAAAUUGGGAAAUUUAUUUUCCCGGCUGAUUUCAUUAUCUUGGAUUUUGAAGCCGAUGAAAAAAUUUCCUAUUGUAUUGGGAAGACCUCUCUUGGCUACAGGUGA